GCCCCACCAAACCGUCCAAAAGCCUUAUCUUUAAUACUUUUUCAAACCCAUCUCAGCUCUUCCCAAAUCAUAUUUUACUCAGUUUCCUUUUUCAAAUACUUGUACAAAUUCCCCUCAUAUCUCUAUAAGCUUGUGUUUUUAACAUAAAACCGUGUCAAUACUGUUUUUCCAUAGGAUUUCAAGGUAAAAAAGGUUUUCAUUUUUUAGCCCUAUAUAAACUCAACUCUGCUCUACUUUCUUGAUUCCUUAUUGUGCUUUCUUUGGAGUGUCUUUAUGUUCAUGCUUUCUUGAAUGAGUUUUUGUGUAGCUUUUAAAGUUUCUAUUGGAUGGCCACUAGUACACUGGAAGACAAAUUUCAGUUGCCAAAACUGACAUUAGCAAUGGUUAUUUUUGUUCUUUUAUCACUGUUUCCAUGAUCUAGAAUUAAGAAGGAUAGUUAGUUCCCAUAUCAGAUUGUAAUAUAUAUCCGGUUUGGUCCAACUUUAUUUCCUCUGGAGUUGCAGCAAAUAUUCUUCAGUCUGUUGGCUCCUUUUCCAAGCUUACCUGCAGGGUGGCAACUGGAUCUGGGAAAUUGGUACCAUUUCAUCUUAUAAUACUCUUAUCCCUUUUCUAAGAUAUCUUGGUAUCAAAAGUUUUCAUCCAUGGAAAGCUUGGGAUGGGAUGACUCACAAGUGGCUACUGAUUCACUCCCUGUGUGGAGCAGUGAGCAACAUGAUAUUGAGGAGAGUUUCAUGAUGUCUAACUCAAGUUCCUCAGUAUACUGUGGCAAGCUGAAUCUCGGAAAAGAUAUCUUCAAUCCAAUUGAAGAGCUCCAAAAGAGUCAGUCUCCUGAUGUGAAUUCAAAUCCAGCAAGGAUAACUGAAAUGGUUCAGCAAUCAGUUUCUGAGCUUGAUUCUGUUGCCGUUGUCUCGAGCUUGAAUUCAUUGCAGCAUCAAGAAGUGGUAAGGUUAGCAUCAGAUUCAACCCUUAUCAAACCUGCAAACUGGGGAUAUGCUUUGACACAGCAGGGAUUCUGUUCUACCCCUUUUGGUUCAGCCUCAUUGAAUUCUUCAAUCUCUGAUUUUGGCAUGGCUGUUCAAUCACAAGUCAUCAUUGGUGGCUUACAAGAGGGGAAAUCCAAUGGUUCAACUACAGGCUCUCUGGAGUCGCUUGAUUACUUGCUCUCAGCUACAGCUACAAACAACAAUACAGAUACAUCUGUCGAAGAUGAUGGGAUUUCCAUGAUUUUCUCUGAUUGUAGAAACUUUUGGAAUUUUGCCUCCAAUGAUGCAGCUUCAUCAGGGGAGUCUGAGAACAAUGGCUCAAAUGCAAGAAGUACAGAUUUAGAAUGUCCUGGAAAUGAGAUUGACGAAACGUUAUCCCAGAGUUCUUCUGAUCAGUAUGUCAAGUCCGGUUCUUCAAAGAGGAGAAAUGAUCAAUGUGAUGAGAAACUUGGCAUGAAUUCUGGUUACUUUAAUCUUCUUCAAACUGUUUCUUCUGUCACAAAAGGUGGUUUCAGGUUCAUUCCUGACAGUCCUCUAAAAGCAAAGAAACCCAGAAUAGAAAAGCGCCCAAGCUCAUCAAACAUCAACUUUCAACAGCCAGGUUCAUCAGUGUUCUCUUCCAUUGAGGAACCUGAUGCAGAAGCCAUAGCACAGAUGAAGGAGAUGAUUUAUCAAGCAGCAGCUUUUAGGCCUGUGAACUUGGGCUUGGAAGUGGUAGAGAAGCCAAAGAGGAAGAAUGUGAGGAUAUCAACUGAUCCACAAACUGUUGCUGCCAGGCAAAGGAGGGAGAGGAUAAGUGAAAGAAUUAGGGUUUUGCAAAGGCUGGUUCCUGGUGGGAGCAAGAUGGACACUGCAUCCAUGCUUGAUGAAGCUGCAAACUACCUCAAGUUUCUCAGGUCCCAAGUUAAGGCAUUAGAAAAUCUAGGCCACAAACUUGAUUCUUUGAAUUGUUCCCCUACAAUAAACCUUGCUUUUGCUUCAUUACCAUUCAAACACUCUUUCCCCACGCAAGGCCAUUUUCCAGUCCUAAAACCUAAUGUCCAUCAUCCACAGAGUUGAAGAAACAAAGCCAAAUCCCAAAAAACGAAACCCCUAACCAUGGAUCCUUAGUCAUUAUCAUCAACAAUGAUUAACAUCCUCAACCAUUUUCUAGCCCCAAAACAGGUAGUAGUACCAUUUAAAAGGCCAAGUCCAAAAUCCUCAUCUUAAUCCUCAUCAUUACAUGUUCUCUAAUGGUAGGUUGCAUGAUGUACCAUGACACCCACCACUCAAUGGCAGAAGGAAGAGUUUGAAGGAGUUCUACUUCCACCAUCAUUUUUGCAGCUUCCACUGUCAAGGUAUGAAGAUAGUUAUAGUGGAAUAGCAAAAGGAAAUGUGAGAAUAGCUUAGCUAUUGAAAAAAAAUUACUACUAGUAGUGGCAUCCUUUUCCAUGAGAGAAAAGGGUUAGCAAUUAUGGCACCUAUGAUUAAGAUCAAUGGCUAGAAAGUGAUUAUCACUUUACCUUUGUUUUAAUCAUUUCCUAGUGAUGUUCUGUGUAAUUAAAAGCUCAUUUUUCUC